AUGAGUGAUUCACAGGGAAAACAAGUACAAGUUCAGCAGCCAGCCGUGGAUCUUCCAAAUCGAUGGGAAGUUGAGCUCGAGUAUCUUGAAAGUGAGGAGUUCUUAAAUUUUCUUGAAUAUUUGGAAUACUGGCGUGAACCAAAGUACGCAAAGUAUAUUGUGUACCCUAAUUGUUUAUUUGUUCUUUCUUUGUUAAAGGAGCCUCGAUUUCGUAAAGAUAUUGCGCGUGAAGACGUUUCGACGAUGUUUAUGGACGACUUUUAUAUGCGGUGGCUUAAAAAGACCACCAAUCCAGAAGGCGAUAUUGAAAAGAUGGCUAAAGAAACUAACCCUCCCGCUGAUUCUACUACAAUCAAAACUGAGCCAGGCAAGUGA